AUGGACUGUCCCACAGUCUCCGAAGGACCGCCUCCAUUCUUUCUCCCCCCCCUCUCUUCCCGAGGGAAUGGCUCGCUCCGGGCUAGGUGGGUCCCUCCUCCUGCUCCUCCCAACGCCUCAGAAAACCCGGAAGCGGAGGGAGGUGGGGCGAUUGUUGUUGUCACUCAGCAACUGUGAGGCGGGAGCGGCGGGGUUGAGCGCGCGCGCGCCUGAGAGAGAGAGAGAGAUGCGAGGAGCCGCGGCGGCCGCUGCUGGUUGUGGUGCCUCCCGCGCCCUGCCUCCUCUGCGCCCGCCCUCCGCCGCCGCCGCCGCCACCGCCCAGAGAGCAUGAGCGGCGCAGGGGCCCAGCCGCUGCCGCCGAGCCCCUCCGGGCCCGGCGGGGAUUCCCAGCCCUCGGACCCCGCGGAGCCUCCGGCUGCUGCUGCUGCCGCCUCUCCUCCUGAGCCGCCGCCGAUGCUGAGCGUCGACUUGCCCGCUCUGGUGUCGCAGUUCGCGCGGAGCUUCGCGCUCAUCUUCCCCGUCUACGUGCUGGGCUACCUGGGGCUGAGCUUCAGCUGGGUGCUGGUGGCCCUGCUGUGCGUCUUCUGGGUGCGGAGGCACCGGAGCGGGAAGAGCUCCCGCCUGGGCCGGGCGCUCGCCUUCCUGCAGGACGAGGAGCGCGCCGUCAGGCUGACGGUCUCCACGGGAGACCUCCCCGCGUGGGUGCACUUUCCAGACACAGAGAGAGCAGAAUGGCUGAACAAGACUGUAAAACACAUGUGGCCUUUCAUUUGCCAGUUCAUUGAGAAACUUUUCCGUGAAACAAUAGAACCAGCAGUGAGAGGAGCAAACAGCCACCUGAGCACCUUCAGUUUCACAAAAAUUGAUAUAGGGGAUCAGCCUCUUAGGAUUAAUGGUGUUAAAGUGUACACUGAAAAUGUGGAUAAAAGGCAGAUAAUCUUAGAUCUUCAAAUCAGUUUUGUUGGCAAUUGUGAAAUUGACUUGGAGAUCAAGAGGUACUACUGCAGAGCUGGUGUGAAAAGUAUACAGAUUCAUGGCACUAUGAGAGUUAUAUUGGAACCUCUGCUUGGAGAUAUGCCUUUAAUCGGAGCACUGUCUUUAUUUUUCCUUAGGAAACCGCUUUUGGAAAUUAACUGGACAGGACUGACCAAUCUUCUGGAUAUUCCAGGACUAAACGGUUUAUCAGACACUAUAAUAUCAGACAUCAUAUCCAAUUACCUGGUGCUUCCAAACAGGAUCACUGUUCCUCUCGUCAGUGAGGUACAGAUUGCUCAGUUGCGCUUCCCCAUACCAAAGGGUGUACUAAGGAUACACUUCAUUGAAGCUCAGGAUCUUGAGGGAAAAGAUACUUACCUAAAGGGAAUUGUUAAAGGGAAGUCUGACCCGUAUGGAAUCAUUCGUGUGGGUAAUCAAAUUUUCCAAAGCAAAGUCAUCAAAGAAAAUCUCAACCCAAAGUGGAACGAAGUUUAUGAGGCCUUAGUGUAUGAGCACCCAGGACAGGAAUUGGAGAUUGAGCUCUUUGAUGAAGACCCAGACAAGGAUGACUUCCUGGGAAGUCUAAUGAUAGACCUAAUUGAGGUCGAAAAGGAGCGCCAUUUAGAUGAGUGGUUUACUUUGGAUGAAGUUUCCAAAGGAAGAUUGCAUUUAAAACUAGAAUGGCUCACAUUGAUGCCUACUGCAGAGAAUCUUGAUCAGGUUCUAAAAAGCAUUCGAGCUGAUAAAGAUCAAGCCAAUGAUGGCCUGUCGUCAGCAUUGCUUAUUCUCUAUUUGGAUUCCGCAAGAAAUCUGCCAAGUAUCUACGAAGGAAACUUUGGGUGUGGAUACUUAAAAGAGAGGAGAGCAUCGGGACUAGUCUUUUGUGAAAAUACUACCUCACUCUAUAGAACACUAUUUCAUAAUCCAUUAGAGUAUAAUCCAGAUGCCUUGAAGAAGUCGGCUGUUCAGAAAGCCCUGAAGUCAGGAAAGAAACUAAAUAGCAACCCCAACCCCCUUGUUUUGCUGACUGUUGGACACAAGGCACAAGAAAGUAAGAUUCGUUACAAGACCAAUGAACCUGUAUGGGAGGAAAACUUCACUUUCUUUAUUCACAACCCUAGACGGCAAGAGCUAGAAGUUGAGGUCAAGGAUGAACAACACCAGUGUUCCUUGGGAAAUUUCAAGCUUCCUCUAAGUCAACUUCUUGAAAGUCAAGAUCUAACUAUGCAUCAGAGAUUUCAUCUUAGCAAUUCUGGUCCAAACAGCACUGUAAACAUGAAGAUUGCACUCAGGAUUCUUUCUCUUGAAAAGCAAGAGAGGUCUCCAGACCACCAACACUCAGCCCAAGUGAAAAGGCCCUCCGUUUCCAAAGAUGGAAGAAAAGGUUCUUUCAAGCCUCAGGUCCCCAGUUCUCCAGCAACUGACUUGAAAAAACACCCAGUUUCCACAACAACAGACACUGAUAAAAAGACUGAUGUGGUUGAAAAAAGCCAUCCCUCUAAUCCUAGUCCUCAGUGGCCAACAGAUCUCAGCAGAAGCUCAUCCAGUCUCCUUGCCUCCAACUUGAGCUAUUCUCCCAGCCACCUUUCAGUCAAAGAACCUACUCCAAGUAUCGCUUCGGACAUAUCACUGCCCAUUGCCACGCAGGAGCUGCGGCAGCGGCUGAGACAACUUGAAAAUGGCACAACGUUAGGACAGUCUCCGUUGGGACAGAUUCAGUUAACAAUUCGGCACAGCUCACAAAGAAACAAACUUAUGGUUGUGGUUCACACAUGUAGAAAUCUAAUUGCCUUUUCAGAAGAAGGAUCUGACCCCUAUGUCCGAAUGUAUUUAUUGCCUGACAAGAGGAGAUCAGGAAGAAGAAAAACAAGCGUUUCAAAGAAGAAUUUAAAUCCAGUGUUUGAUCAGGCCUUUGAUUUCAGUGUUUCAUUACCUGAAGUACAGAGAAGAACGUUAGAUGUAGCAGUGAAGAACAGUGGAGGUUUCUUAUCCAAAGACAAAGGGCUGCUUGGUAAGGUAUUGAUACCACUGGCUUCUGAAGAACUUUCCAAGAGUUGCACCCAGUGGUAUGACCUGACAGAAGAUGGUACAAGGCCGCAUAUUGCACCUUAGGCAGUUUGGGAUGCCAGAAGCUCCUGUUCAUAUACUUUUGCCAUCCUUUAUAUAUUUUAUCAACAUUGUUCACACAGAUGUAUUAAUAUUUUUUAUAACUCUUAGUUAUUAGGCUCAACCAACACUUCCCAACAGUUUUAUAAUACUUGGACAUUAUAUGUAGGCUUAAGUCCGUUUGUUAGCCUUUUUUCCUUCAUUUGUUACAGCUACUUUAAUGUGCAAUAGGGUUUGUAGAGUAACCAUGUUUCAAUGGAACCUUUUAUGGCAUUUGUAACCUUGAGAAAAGUGAGAUUUUAUCUGGUUUUCCUAUCUUGUUUCAUAUCUCACCAAGGUGUCUGCCAUGUAAAUAGAUGCUAUUUUUUUAAAAGAGAGUUUCCCCCAAUGGUUUGAAGACAAAAGGAAAAUGUAAACACAAAUGAGAUCUUUUUCUUUUAAAUGCACGCUAAAAGUUUAAGGCAAAAUGUUUAGGGAACGGUUUUUGCAGCAAAAUUGUCUUAAUCCUAAAAUGACUGAUUUCUUUAAAAAGAAAAAAAAAAGUACAGAAGGAAUUAAUUGAACAGUUAGCCCAUAUAUUUCUGGCCUUAAAGCCUUGCAAAAUGGGAGAGUACAAAAUAUUAACUUUUAAUAUUUAUAUAGAAAGAUAUUCUUGGAAUUGCAGAUAAUUCAUAUAAUUCUAAAAUUCAUCCAGAUGUUAUAAAGAAAAGUAUAUAUAAUUACUGUACAAAGAAAAAUACUGUAUGAAAAUAAGAUGAUCAUGGUGUUGAAAUAAUAGUAUAUUCAUCUAGUCUCUUAAGAUGCAAAAGUGAAGACUUGAAUAGUACAGUGUUUUGUAAUGCACUUUUGCAGUCAUUGCUUCCUGUUUAGAAUUUAUUUGCCCCACCUGAAAUACCAGAAAAUUGCCUAUGCAACAGUAUGGUUAAGAUGUACUACAGAUUAAGAAUUGAUAACCACCCUAAUGAUUCAGAAUCUAUGGUGGAAUCACAUUGACUGUUUUACAUAUGAAGCUUCUUUAACUGGGUCUCUGGGACGUUUAUCAGUGGUAUCAUAAAAUGCCUGCAGGUCUCUUAAAAUGGAACUCAUAUUAUAGAAAACUCAAUAUCUAGAUUUCUGGUUAGCUUUUUCCAGUUGCUUCAAUGCUUGGAGCAGUUCCUUCUCUUUUGGGUCUGAUCUAUGUGAAACACUCACAUUCCAUUCAAAACACCACUGCAUUCUUCUGCAAGGACUAGUUCAUACACCACCAGUUAAGGAAUCUGUCACUAGAGAUUGAGCAGACCAUGUGCUCCACAAAUUCUGCAAAAUCAGCCAUGAAUCUGGAAUGUGUGGAUCAGAAUGAUGUUAAUGCAGUAAAAAUGAGCCAUUUAAAAUCAAAUGUAUGUUCUAAUCAGUGCAGCUUUUUCAUUUGAUUUUUACAGGCCCAGGAAAUGCAGGAGUGGUUUGCAACAAAUGGACUUGAUAAAUGUUUUGAGCGUGAACGUUUCGCUUCAUUUUAUUCAUUGUUACUUUCGGAACAAAAUCAAUGGGGCAUUGAUUAUAUCUAUUGCUUCCUUUUUUUGGAAAGCUUUCUCAGAUGGUUUUUAACAAAAAUGUAUAUUUUUGUGGUUUAACCCAAGAAACAGUACACUUCCUCUGCAGACAGUAGCCUCACAAUCUUGGGUAAAUAUGCAAUUGCUUUUUAAAAACAAAAUAACAAUUUAUCAUUAGUUGAUUCUCUUGGGGUGGCUUCUGACUACAAGAUAAUGUUUAUGGGUAAAUAAACUCCUGGAAUACUAGCUUUAUAAUUAAACUUUCAUAACCUUAAUUCUCGCUUUAGACAAUUGGAAUAAUUCAACAGUAACGCCUCCUGCACAAGAACCAUUCAGUUGAGCUUGCACAGAAGAGAUUCCCAUGUGCCCUUCAAGUAUACUAAGACUACCGAAGUGCCUGUCAUAUAGAUGUAGCAGACUGUUCAUACCAAGUUUAAAAAACAAAUUCAUUUUCAUUUGUCAGCGUGACACAUUUGUACAUACCCAUUGGCAUCCCAUAUGUAACAUCAAGUUGUAUUGUGUCAUCUUUUUCUAGGCAGACCUGUGCAGCAUCAUUCAGAUAAUUUGGCACAUGUACAUGAGCUCUGAGAGAGAGGCUCACCAUAAACAUAGCUUAGAUUAAGGUGGUCCCCUACUUCCUUUUAAGCAUCUUCACUAUAUGACCACCGUUAGACAGCUCAAACAAGGGAGAACAUAUAAUAGGAAGAAGAAAAGCCAUAAGCUGUAGUUACCACGAGCCCUUAUGAGAAAUAUGAAGACAAGGGAAAUGUGACUCAAAGUUAAGUCCUAUUGAAGAAAACUACUAACCCAUAUACCCUAGUAUUCUCUCCUGGCUAAAAUUGGUAUUAGUAAGUAAGAGCAUUGUACAGUGGCAUUAGUUAUGCUGAAAUUCCUAAAUGAUGAGAUUCUUGGGAGAGGAUGCCAUAAUGCCAACAUGUGGGCAUGUAACAUUGUAGAACAAACAGGUUUCUCGUUGUGGUCAAAAUUCGGCAGGAGGGUCCUACAUAAUUCUUUUGAGUAUCUGAGUACCAGGUAUGGUAACCUCUAUUUCAUGUAUCUGCAAUACCUUGGCAUUAAGAGUAGGAUAUUGGUGGGAAUGCAUAGAGGUAAUGCAGGCCACUAGGGAACAGUGUGAAAUACUUCCAAUCUAUUAUUAAAGUAAAAGCCGUCGCCUUCUCUCUUCAUCCCCUGGUAUAUAUCAGUGUUCUUUCCCUACAUCCCAAGGUAUCCUGCAUGAGGAAAUAACAAAUAGUGAGAGUUAUGCCAAAUGUGUGCAAAAAGGGAUUUGUAACAAUGUGAGAAGUCAUCAAGGUGGCCCUCAGGUGGAGAGGAGCUCGCUCUCAAAAAUCUGGACCAAAAUCCUGGCUAAUUACAAAGAAAUGCUCUUUUCUACCUUUGGAAAUCAGAAGCUGCAUCCAUGAAUCUAUUCUGUCCACAACUUGGUGGUGGUAAGAUGAGGAAGAAUGACGUUUCCAUUUUCAAAUCAAAGACUGAAUGUCAUCAGACUAGCUUUCCGCGUUCUUUAUUUUUUUAAUUCUGUGCCUUAAAGGAAAGCUUAAAUACUGUGUUUCAACCCAAGCUUUGUUCUCUGUAUCUACCAGUUUUUGUUGCGUGCUAUUGAAACUGUUCAGUGCUCUAUGUUGCUGGAGAGGAAAGCAGCACUUUGCAUUUAGAGCUAUUAUAAUCCAAGCACCAAGUCACUAUAUUACGUGGGUUUUGGAUUAAAUUAUUUGAACCUUCUCUAUAUCAGGCUUGCAGCAACUGCUGAAGGGAGGAGAUAGGGUGAUCAGUUUAGUACAGAUUGCCUUUUUCGCUCAUGUAAUUUUGCAAUUGCAUGUAUUUAUUCAAUAAAUGAUUCAUAUGGGAGUUA